AUGGGGCACCUGCUCGCCCUCUGGGCGUUCGCCACGGACCAGCCCGCGACCUUUGGGCGGCUCGCCAGCGCGUACGGCGUCUACUCGGCCGUCGUGCUCGCAGAGCCGCCAGGUGGAGGCGAGCGCGGCCUCUUCUGCACACGUGCUGUGGCGGCGGGCGAACCGCUGCUGGCGGUCCCGUGGCAGCUGUGCCUGGUCGACGAGGACGAGCCCGGCGACGAUUCGCUGGAGAGCGUGUGGGAGCAGCAGUCCGACGCGGCCGCGCGUCCGGCGCGGGAUGUGCGUCUCGCCGCUCAAUUGCUGGCGCAGCUCGCCGGCGACGGCGGCGACGGCGGCGGAGACGCCGCGGAGCUGUCGCGCUUCUGGCGCGAGUGGAGCGCGAUGCUCCCGCCGGCCGCUGCCUGCGCUCACCCGAUGACUCUUCCCGACGCGCUGCUCGAGGAGCUGCAGCACGCGCCUCUCGCGGAGGCGGGCCGCCGGCAGCGCCGCCGUCUGCUGCGGCUGCUCGCCUCUGCGCCCGCCUCGAGCGACGGCCAGCGCGCCUGGGCGACGGCCAUGUGUUCGAGCCGCCCGUUCCGGCUUCCGGCGCGGGCCGAGGGGCGAGGCGGCCGGACAGCCUUUGUGCCCUUUCUUGACAUGGCCAACCACGCCGCUUCGCCGAACUGCGAGGCACUCAUCUCGUACGGUGGCACCGCCACGCACGCCGCCCUCUUCUCCGGCUUCGGCUUUGCGCCCGCCGAGAGCCGCUCCGACCGGCUCGAGCCGUUGCCCGCCGGAUUGGCGCCGCUCUCGGGCGCCGCGCUCAAGCGCACCCUGGCGGCGCGCCCACCGGAGGCGUCGCCGGCGCUGCUCGAGGCGGCGCUGCUCUCGCUGCCGCUCCGCCGCGGCCCCUCCGCCGGCGAGCCGAGCGAGCACGCCGCGGCGAGUGCGCUCCUCGCUUGGCUCGCGGACACGUCGAGCGACUUUGCGACGAGCGAGGCGCAGGACGAGGCGACGCUCGUCGGCAUGGAGGGCGAGCCGGCCCACGACCCCAGGUUCGCCGCCGUCGUCCGGUAUCGGCUGUCGAGGAAGCGGCUUUGCCGGCUCGUCGCCGAGGUGCUCGAGGCGCACAGGCGCGAGCACCUCCCCGCCGCGCAAAGACCGUGA